AUGACGGCGAUAGCGCGAUUGGCAAUUCUGGCACUGUGCGCUUGCGCACACGCGCAAUACCAAGAGGAGCGCGCACCGCGGUAUAUCCCGUCUGAGCCAAAAUCCACGUACGCCCCGCCCGUCGCCAUCCUAAAGCAAAUCAACAGGCACAACGAAGAUGGCUCCUACACAUACGGGUACGAGUCCGGAGAUGGCUCCUUCAAAAUCGAGACCAAGUCGGCAACCGGAGAAGUUAAGGGAAAGUACGGCUACAGAGAUGACACCGGCAAGGUCCGCGUGAUCGAGUACGGAGCCAACAAGUACGGUUUCCAGCCUGCGGGAGAGGGCAUCACCGUCGCCCCUCCCACGCUCGUCGAUGAGUCCACUCGCGAUGAAGGACUCAGACCGAGCAAGAACCAAGGCGGUCGCUCCCAAUACCGGGAACCAGCGCCGCAGUCUGUAGACUACGACUACGAAGAACCCACCCCCGCGCCCCGACCCGCCCCGCGCCCCACUCCCCAACCCCAACAACAAUACAGGCCAGCCCCUCAACCUCAACAACAGUACAGGCCCCCGCCUCAACAGUCCGCACCUGCUCCACCUAGGCCCCAGUUCUUCGCCGGAGCCGCCCCAGCUCCCGCCCCAUCCAGGGACAGCUUCUUCAACCCCGAGCCCCAACAGCCCAGACAACAACAGUACAAGCCCAAACAGGAGUUCAGGCCAGCGCCUCAACCCCAACAGUUCGCCCCCAGGCAAACCCAAGCGGACUUCGGUCAAGACUACAACUCCGGCCCUCAGCGGUUCCCUUCAGCAAACCAAGUUCAGCAGCAGCCCCGCAGCCAACCUUACUCCAUGCUCGACCAGCUCCUGAAGGAGUACUCCCUGCCCCAGGGCGGCUCCGCGCCCCUCCACGACAUCUCAUUCGGUUCCUUCUAG